AUGUCAACUAUUACAAAACCUCAAGUUCCAGCAGGUCUUCGAGAUCUGAUGAAAGAUCUUACACGGGAAAUUCUUAAGGAAAAGCCAACAGAUAUUUACGAUUUUGCCGAAAAUUAUUUCUCGUCUCGUCUCCCUCAGAAAGAAAAUUAUGCUGUUAGGAGUUUUGAAAAUAGUUCCGGAAAAUAUGAUUUUUCCUAUAUACAAAAUCCUCAACGUUAUCAGGUUCCUGUCGCCUUAGUUUACUCCAUCAUUCCCGAAGGUCUUACAAAUCUUAUAAAAGAAUUAAUAAAAGCUGUGCUCAGGGAACAACCACAAAAUUUAUGUGAUUUUGCUGUGGAGUACUUUCGACAUAUAAAAGCAGUCACAAGUACUGAAUCUCAAGCUGAACCAAAAGAAAUUAAUUACUCGGCGUAUGAAAAUUAUUUUAUGAAUAAAGAACGUUUCCUAUUCACACCGUAUGUGAAAUGUACUUGUGGCAGAAUACUUGGCGAAGCAUAUGCACAUAGCAAUCAAAUUGAACAUUUUAGUUCUAUCCACAAUAUUCAGAACAAUGACUCAGCAUUUCAGUCAGAGACCUUAAAUGCCGCUGAUACAAACAGUAAUAAUGUGAGUAAGAUGUCUGAAAAUUAUUCAAUUUAUUCCGAGAAGUACAUGAACGCCAUUUACAUAAUUCAAACAUAUAUUCGUCGUUAUUUAAAAAGAAAAUCAACCAUAACUAAAACUAAGGGAAUCUCUUCCAACCACCAUUCACUGGACCUAGAUUCGAUGACUACAAAAACAGAGGAAAUGCCAAUAGUGCCUCAACUGCAAAUAAAUCAAAAUGAAGCAGAAAAUAAUUCCGAAGAUGUUUCAUAUACAUCGGCAUCUACAGCUUUACUCUCAGCAACAGAAUCGGGUCGUGAAACAUCUGAACCGAGUACAAGCGAAAGCAUUCUGACAAAGACUAUUAUUGAAGGCGUUCAAAUUGAAAAUGACGAUAAAAAUAUUUCCGAUUAUUUGAAACAAUCCGCCAAUGGACAUGCGCAGAUCGAAGCCACUACUAACAACCAAGAUGUAGAUGAUAAUAGGAAUGCCAACGUUCCUGAAAGGAAUGUGGAAAUCCAACAAAUUGACAAAGGUGCCACUGAACUAAUGAAUAAUACUGCGGUUUCAAAAAAUGAAGAAUUAAAAUCUAUCAAUGAGACAGGUGAAAAUCCUUUAGCGAGAAAUGACUUGGAAGGUAAAUCAACUCUAGAAUCUCAAAAAUUUUUAAAAUCCAACGAACAUGGCAGCAUUGAUAGUGUAAUAGUAAGUUCAAUAAAUGCCGAAACAUUUGGCAAUGACCAUAUGGAGAAUCUUAAUGACAAAGAGCUUAUUUCAAAGUCAGAAAUGGGUGAAUUACCAAAAAAAUCCGGCGGUAUUCAUUAUGCUGAAAUUGACAAACUUAAUAAAGAUUUAAAUAAGGAGAAAUUGUUUUCAGAAUCUGAACUAAAUUCAGAAACCGAAGUAAUAACAAAGGAGAGCAGCCUUAAUUUGGCAAAAGAAGCCAAUACAAUUUUAAUUCACAGCACUAAUAACAUUAAGAGACUAGUUAAUAAGUCCUCCGAAUCGCUUGAUAAGAAACUUAGUGACGUGGAAUGCACGACAAACAAUAAAACAAUUAAAACAUGCCAUGAAAUUGAACAAACUAACUCUUCUUGUGGCUCUGCCGAUAAUAUCUCAGAAAUAGUCGAUAAAUUUCACAUACAGAAUAUUAACGAAAUAUCAGAAAAUGAACAAAAACCAAUUUUAGAUAAACAGAAAGAAGAUACGAUUGAAGGUCAAGAUAAAUCCAGUAAAAUUGAACACAGACAAAGUCUUGAUACACAGAAUGUUUCGAUUGCAAAUGAGAAUGAAGGCGAAGGUAAAACAACUACAGAAGAACAAAAGCAAAGGAUAGAUAGAAACAAAGAUUCGAUUGAAAAUGAGACUGAACAUGAUAAACAAAAAGAUUCAAUUAUGGAAAAUAAUAAAUCUGAUUUAUUAGAAGAAAUCUUUGAAACUAAAAUGGAUUCAAACAAUAAAAAUUCCAUAAACAAAUCUACCAAUGAUUUAAACCAAUGCAGUUUAGAUUCUAAUAUGGAAUCAAAUGCCGACGAUGCAAAUAUUUCCAAUAAAUUCAAAAAUCAAGAAAUAAAUGAUAAACCUGAAUUCUUAGAAAAAGUUUCUCAAAUUAAUGAGCAUGAAAAUAAGAAACUUGAUGUUGCAAAUUCUACUCAAAAUAAAUCGGUAAUCGAAACUAGUGAGGCAAAUAAAACUACUGGUAACGACAAACAAGAUAUGAAUUUACAUGAUACAUCGCAAACCGAGCAACACGAAGAAAACGUCACAUCAGCAAAUACAGAUAAUGUCUCAGAAGUGGAAAAAGAUUUUGAGAAACCUGAAACACAAGCUAACAAUUCUUUCAAUAGAAAUAUUAGUUCGAAAUUAAACAACGAACUUAUAAGACCCAAAAUAAAUGAUGACGAUGAAAAUAUAUCUGCUGAAGUGGAUACAAACGAUAAAAUAGGUGCAAUUUUGGCCUCAAUUCCAAAAGACAAUGCAGAUAUACCAUCAUCGGAAACUAAAGAAAAUUUUGAUAAAAAUGAAUCAAAUACAAUAGAGCCCAAAUUAGAAACAAAUUUAAAUAACACACAGUAUUCAAAGGAAAAUCAUGAUGAUUCGAUUAAACAGGAUAUAGCCAAUCCAAACCUAUUGGAUAACAAAAAUAAUGCUGCUACAAUUAUUGGAAUAAAAUCUGAAGAAAUCACUUUAGAAAAAUCUGCUGAAGUGGAUACAAACGAUACAAUAGGUGCAAUUUUGGCCUCAAAUUCAAAAGAAAAUGCAGAGAUACCAUCAUCGGAAACUAAGGAAAAUUUUGAUAAAAACGAAAUAAAUACAAGAACUGAAAUGGAUAAGAUAAUAAAAGAGCAUAAAUUAGAAAUAAAUUUAAAUAACACACAGGAUUCAAAGGAUGAUGAUUCGAUUAAACAGGAUAUAGCCAAUCCAAACCUAUUGGAUAACAAAAAUAAUGCUGCUACAAUUAUUGGAAUAAAAUCUGAAGAAAUCACUUUAGAAAAAUCAAAUGAAACCGAUACGAAUCUAGUUAAAAGCUCCGAAGUAGUGUCAGAUAAAACCAAAAGUUGCACAAGCAAUUUUUUAGAAAAGCAAAUGGAUAUAACCCACGACAAAGAAUCUGGUAAUGAAUUCGAACCCAAAUCUGAAAUAAACGAACAUCUACACGAAAAAGGAAAAGAUGUUGAAACCAAACAUGAUAUUGCAGUGAACGAAAUAGAAACGGAAAAUAAACUUGAACAAACUUUUAAGAAUGAAUUGAUUGAAGAUAUGAAAACCAAUAACUUGAAUGACACAAAUGUUGACAUAAAAUUAGAAAACCAAGUUGAUAAAUCUGAACAUAUGUCGAAUGUAAUAAAUGAAGUCAUCAUCAAUAAAACAGUUAAAGAUGAAAUGGAUUUAAAUCAAGAAGAAACUUUCCAAGGCGACUUAAAUAUGAACGAUAAUAAUACUAAGAAUUCAAUAAAUGAAGAUGUAAGCCUCAAAUCACAAUCUGAGAAACCUCUACUUGAUUCAGACGAAACAACAACUACAAAAGAUGAAAUGGAUAAUAAACUGGAAGAAGUUUCUAAAACCAAAUUAUGUGAAAUUAAUAAGACUUCUAAUGAUAUACUACAGAGAAAUCUUGACAUGAAUAAAGAGAAGGAAUCUAGUGUCGCAGAAGAAAAUACUGAUAAUGAUAACCAGGAUACGAAACUAAAAGAUUUGCAUACAAUUAAGGAUAAUAGCCCAUCACAUGAAUCGAAACAUGAUGAAGUUGAUUUCAAAGCUUUUAAAUCUGUAAAAGAGUCGAAUAAUUUAAAUGAUAAAGUUGAAGUAAUUCAUAAAACUAUUCAGGGCAUCAAACUGCAUGAAAGCCCAACAACUAUGACGUUGGAUGAAAAAAACAUAAAUACAGACGCAUUAGAUGACUUAAAAGACGAUAAUCAAUCUAUCAAAUCUCAAAGUGAAUCUGAAAGAGUAAAAUCUCUCCCAACUGAGAUGAAUGAUAAACAUGAAACAGUAGAUAAAAAUAAGCAUGAAGCUAGUAUAACUGAAAAUUCUAUUGAACCAACUGCUAAUGACAAAGUAGCUAAAAAUAUUCAACAAUCCUUUCAAGCAGUUGUGCAUGAAAAAAAUAAUAAUUCUGAUAAUGUGGAGUUGAAUACAGAACAACAAUCAGAUAAUAAUCUGAGUAUUGAAGUUGCAGUCGAUAAAAAUAGACAUGCAGGCACUACCCAAAAGGAUUUAGAAGAAAAGACUACUUCAGUAAAUCAAACUGUUGAUUUGACUUCAGAAAAUUUAUCCCAGAAACAGCAAUCUGAAUCAAUUACAAGCGAAUCUGCUAUUGAACAUACAAAUGAGAAAACAUUUCAAUCUAAAGUCGAAUCUAUUGAAAAUACAGCCAUAAUACCACAUUCUGAUUGUAAUGAAACAAAUGAUGUUGCUAAUGCACUUCCAGACGAUAAUAAUAAUGUGGAAAAUAGCAAUGAUACACUUGAAGUUUCAAAUCAAACUGAAUCGCAGGAAAACAUUUAUAAAAACGUUGAUAUAAAAUCAGAAAUACAACUCCAACCGAAGGAUGAAUUUAAACAAAAAUCCGGUCAAACUGAAAUUAAAACAAAUGUUACUAGCGAGUCGCAAGAUAAAGACGUUGGCAUAAAAUCAGAACCACAAUUCGAAUCGAACGAUGAAUUGAAACAAAAUACAAAUCUGCCAAAAACUUUACAAACCGAUCCAAUUGAAACUAGUUAUAUUAUUGAUGAUUUAUCAAUCAAUUAUGAAAAAGAUGAUAUCAAGACAAAUGAAAAACAUGAACUUGAUAAACCAUUAAAUAAAACCAAAGAUAAAAUUGUCAAUAAUGAUGACAAAGAAAUGUCUUCUACUAUAUUAGAAGACAAAAAAGAUAUAAAACCUAAAGAUGAGUCAGAAAUAUCACAAACUGAUGUAGAAAAUUUAGUCAAAAAAUCUGACAAAGGCGAUCAAAAUAUGAACGAACCCGAAAAUUUAAAUACUGUAACUAAAUCAAACUCAUUACAAAAACCUUUACAAAUGAUGUUGUCUGAAAGUAAAAAUAUAACUGUUGAAUCUGUUGGUAAAACAAUUAAACAGGAAACUGUUAAUGAUCCAGAUAACUCUACCAAAAUAACCGAUCAAGAGUUAGAUACAAAUGAUAUUAAUCCCAUCAACGCUAAUGAUAAUAUAGCUGAAACAACUAAUAAAGGUGACCAGGAAAAAAUCCCACAAGGAUCCUCUAUAAACGAAUUAAAUUAUAGUAAUAUCAUCACUGACUAUGCGAUUGAUAAAACUUUUACUGAAUCGCAGGAAAACACUUAUAAAAACGUUGACAUAAAAUCAGAAGUACAACCUCAAUCGAACGAUGAAUUGAAACAAAAUACAAAUCUGCCAAAAACUUUACAAACCGAGCCAAUUGAAACUAGUUAUAUUAUUGAUGAUUUGUCAAUUAAUUGUGAAACAGAUGAUAUCAAGACAAAUGAAAAACAUGAACUUGAUAAACCAUUAAAUAAAACCAAUGAUAAAAUUGUCAUUAAUGAUGACAAAGAAAUGUCUUCUACUAUAUUAGAAGACAAGAAAGAUAUAAAACCUAAAGAUGAGUCAGAAAUAUCACAAACUGAUGUAGAAAAUUUAGUCAAAAAAUCUGACAAAGGCGAUCAAAAUAUGAACGAACCCGAAAAUUUAAAUACUGUAACUAAAUCAAACUCAUUACAAAAACCUUUACAAAUGAUGUUGUCUGAAAGUAACAAUAUAACUGUUGAAUCUGUUGAUAAAACAAUUAAACAGGAAACUGUUAAUGAUCCAGUUAACUCUACCAAAAUAACCGAUCAAGAGUUAGAUACAAAUGAUAUUAAUCCCAUCAACGCUAAUGAUAAUAUAUCUGAAACAACUAAUAAAGGUGACCAGGAAAAAAUCCCACAAGGAUCCUCUAUAAACGAAUUAAAUUAUAGUAAUAUCAUCACUGACUAUGCGAUUGAUAAAACUUUUACUGAAUCGCAGGAAAACACUUAUAAAAACGUUGACAUAAAAUCAGAAGUACAACCUCAAUCGAACGAUGAAUUGAAACAAAAUACAAAUCUGCCAAAAACUUUACAAACCGAGCAAAUUGAAACUAGUUAUAUUAUUGAUGAUUUGUCAAUUAAUUGUGAAACAGAUGAUAUCAAGACAAAUGAAAAACAUGAACUUGAUAAACCAUUAAAUAAAACCAAUGAUAAAAUUGUCAUUAAUGAUGCAUCUGAAUUCAAAGAAAUGUCUUCUACUAUAUUAGAAGACAAGAAAGAUAUAAAACCUAAAGUUGAGUCAGAAAUAUCACAAACUGAUGUUGAAAAUUUAGUCCAAAAAACUGACAAAGGUCAAAAUAUGAACGAACCCGAAAAUUCAAUUACAAUAAAUAAAUCAAACUCAUUACAAGAACCUUUGCAAAUGAUGUUGUCUGAAAGUAACAAUAUAACUGGUGAAUCUGUUGAUAAAACAAUUAAACAGGAAACUGUUAAUGAUCCAGAUAACUCUACCAAAAUAACCGAUCAAGAUAUGAUUUUAUCUAAAAAUUCCAAAACUGAGUUAGAAACAAAUGAUAUUAAUCCCAUCAACGCUAAUGAUAAUAUAGCUGAACCAACUAAAAAAGGUGACCAGGAAAAAAUCCCACAAGGAUCCUCUAUAAACGAAUUAAAUUAUAAUAACAUCAUCACUGACGACGCAAUUGAUAAAACAUUUACUUUGAAAUCGGCUGAAUCAACAGAUAAGGAACAAGUUAAACAAAAACUAAUGGAUACUUUGCAAACUAAAUUGGCAGAAAAUAUGAAUAACUUAGGUACAGAUGAUUCCAUAACUGAUACAAAUUUGUUAAAUACUUCUGGUAGUGGUAAUGUAGCACAAGAGAAUGGUAAAAAUUCUUCUGCUAAUGAUCUUAUUGCGAAACAUGACCUAAAUGCUAACACGACAGAGGAGCAUAAACAAAUAUCAGAUACAAAAUCUGACUUAGAUGCAGUUAAGGAAUCAACAACUGUUAGGAGUACAGUUAACACAGCAGAGGAGCUUAUCACAAAAAGGUGUGUGCAUGAAACACAAAUGGAAAGACAUAAACAAAUAUCGGAUACAAAAUCGGACUUAGAUGAAGUUAAGGAAUUAACAACUGUUAGGAGUGCAGUUAAACCUAAUGAAAGCGAUGUAAAACUUAAUUCCAAUAAACACAUUAAAGCUGAAACACUAGAUAAGAUACCAAGCUAUACUGAAGUUGAUACCCAAUACAUGGAUUAUAAUAACAUAAUCAGUAAGACUCCAAACAAACAGCCAGAAAAAUCAAAUAAUAGCGGUAUAAAUUCUGAAAAGUCUUCUGAAGAAUUUACUAUUUCAGAAGAUCGGGUUAAAAGAGAAACUGCAAUUGAAACCUCUCCUACAGAUACGAAUGAACACGAUGGUAAUAGUACGACCGAAAAGCUUUUCUCACUGAGUUCUAACGAUAAUGCUCAACCUCAAUUAGAGGAAUCAAGAAAUGGAAUUCAAGAUAAAAAUCUAAAUGAUAGCCAUGAACGUGAUAAUAAAGACAAAUUUGAAAACACGGAAAAGAAAGACAUUAAAGAAAAACAUUAUGAAAAAUCAAAGUCAUUAUCAAGUGAGAAUGAGUCAGAACGAUCGUUUGAAAAAGAAUUUGGAACUUCGAAGGAAGAAAAAUCCAGUAGUAACGUAGAUUCAAAAAAUAAAUUAGAAAUCGAAAGGCAUGCCGAGCAGAAUACUGCUACUAAUGAAAGUAGUGGUGAUAUCAAAAAUAUAAAUACAGUUUACACAAAACAUCAAUUAGCAGCCUCAAAUUCAUCUUCCUCUGCAAUUGAAAAUAAUGAUGAUGGCGAAAAGAAAAUGUUUGCAGAUGAUUUAAAAGAGGAUAUUGCAACUUCUACCGGUAGCGAAGUCAGUAGCCAGUUAUCGUUAACUAAACAAGAUACAACAUGCAAGGAUGACGCACAAAAACAGUCAGACAUUUUUGAAAUAAAAUGUACAAGUACUGAAGAAACAGCUCCAGAAAAACAUUUAGAUGGUGUAGAUAAGGGAAGCAAUGUUUCGAAUUCCUAUUCUAUACAAGCAAAAUAUGAACAAAUUGAUACCACCAACUCUGCAGAUGAGGCAGUUGGAAGUGACAAUAAAAAUCAAACGCAUGAUAGUGACCCAAAACUGGAAUCAAAAGCAAAAAUGACCAGUGUUAUAGAGACAGUUGAAAAACCGCAAUCACCAAAACCGCUAAAUUUAGAAACACAAGAAACCGGAUCUGAUAGCAAUCAUGAUGAUAAAUGUUCCUCUAAGGUUUUGAAUGAAUUUGAAAUUACUAAUAAAAAUGUAAAUGAUGAUGAAAACAAUUUAAAAAAGGAUAAUGAAGUAAUUCAAGACAUUUCAAAACACGAGGAAUCUUGUGAAAAGCUCAAUGAAAAAACCUCAAUAUCCCUGAAUUGCAAUGUUGUGCCAAUUGAAGCAAAACAAAUGGAAAAUGAGGUAAAAAAUUCAAAUUAUAACGAAAUCGAACUGAACACAAAUUCUGAAAUAAGCUCAAAAAAUGAACAGUAUAAUAAUAAUCAACAUGAUAGAGAUAACAAUACAAAUGAAAAGAUGGACAAAGACUCAACUACUGGCAGUAAAAACAGCGAAGAGUUUCACAAUGAUAGUAAUUCCUACAACGAAAAUGCUCAACAUUCCAACAAUGACAAUAAGAACGACACAAAUUUAGAAAAUAACGAAAUAUCCUUAGAGUCAGAGGAAGAUGAAACUCGCAAUUACGAUGGUUCCAAUUCAGAAGAUAAAAACGAUGAUAAAAAAUCUAACCAAAAAUUGUUUACAAUCCAAGACGAACAAAUUUCAAAAUUUAAUGAAAACGUGAAUUCAAAUGAAAGUAAGAUGAUUCAACAACCAGAUUCUAUAACAAAUAGUUCCAUUUUAAACAAUUCAAAAACACUUACGCAUAUUUUGAACAAGGAAAUUGCAUCAGAAGGAGAAGCUAAUCCAAAAGAUUAUCAAUUAAAAUCCUCUCUGGUAAACUCCAGCGACAUUGAAAACAACAUUUCAUCUACAAUGUUGCCUUCAGAACCAGAACUUUCAGGCAUUAAAUCAAAUGUUGGAAGCAAGACCUCGGAUUUACACAUGAAUAAACUUCAGCCAUCAAUUAUUGAGGUUCAACAACAAAAUUCAGCACAGACUAAUGAAAAUGUUACAAUUAAAUUAGAAGAUGGUGAAACUAAUGCAAAUGAAAAUACUGAAAGCUCUCCUUUAGAAAACAAAGCGAAAACAGAAGUUUCCAAUCCAUUAGUUCAUGAUUCGUCUACAACAAAACAUAUAGAAGAAAUUGAAAGUUCAAACACUGCAAUUAAUAAAUUAAAUGUAUCAAAUGUCGGUAAUAUACAUGAAGAUCUAUCAUAUAGCAGCACAAAAAACGAAAAAACUGGGACUACAAACAAUGAUGAAUUGCAUCCAUCAGCUGAAAUUGUAAAUAUUGAUUCAAACCCCAAUAUUCCAAACUCUGAACAACUUAUAAAAAUUAACAACGAAUCGAAUAAUAACAAUAUUACAAAUAAAGAUACCCACAUUUCAAUUGACGAUCAAACACCACUAGCUGCUGAUGAAUCAAAAAAUCUUAAUAUUAUCAAGGAUCAUUCUACUUUGACAUCAAAUGAGUUAAAAGGUUCAGUGAUGGGCUCUGAGUUACAAGAUAUAUCAAAUCAAUCUCAAGUUGUAGCAGAUGCGCCAUAUAUUAAUAAUAAUGAUUCUUUAACCCAUUCUAAGAGCGAGGGAAUAAUAUGUAACGAAACUUCCUUAAAAGAAACACAUUCAGAUGACCACAAUAAUAUGAUCUCUGAUGGCAAUGGAAUAACAAGAUCUAUCGAUACUCUAAAUGAAACUAAACUAAUAACAAAGGACAAAACUAUGGACACAAGUUCGGAACUAAAUUUAUCAAACCAUACAGCGAACGUUGAAACCACAAUUGAUAAUGAAAUUAAACAUGAAAACUUUGAUCAAGAAAUUACUGGACAAACAAAUACUGAUGUUAAGGGAGAACAUACAAACGAACAAGUAUAUAUUGGUAAGGAUACCACACAUAAUAUUGGCAUUCAAACCCCAGAAACAUUUAUUGGCAAUCAAAAUUUUAACAUUGGUAGAAUUAGAAAUUUUAACGAAGGUCUCCUUGGAAGUAUUUCUGGUCAACGUUUUGCUGAAACACAUUUGAAAUCGUUUUGGAAAGAAUAUGUAAUGAAUAAUAGCAUUCCACUUAGUCAAUACGAUUAUAAAGAAAAUGAACCGAAAGAACAAACAAUGACGGGUUCCGUUCACGAAAUAAACAAAGCAAGAUUAGCUGACACUAAAAACGAAGAACAAAUCAUUGAUAUUGUUGAGCCCGAAAUUUUGAAAGAAAACAUAACACAAAUGGAAUCAUCUCCCACCAAUAAUCACAAUAUAUACCGCACAUCUAAUGAUUCAAAUCCACCAAAAGAUAUUGAACGGAUACCUAGGUAUUUUUAUGGUGUACCUGACACAGUAUCAAAUGAUAAGGCAAGUCAUUCAAAUCAAAAAUCCUAUAAAGAACCAACUUCUUUUACAAUAAACAUGGGCGAAUCUAACAAAGUGCAUACCACUAAGAUAGCCACAUCAAUAGAAGAAGAGUCAUCGACUAAACCUAAUACUGAAGUAGUAUUCAUUAAAGACGAUAAGAAACUCAGUUUAUCAAAAUUAAACCUCGUCGAGUGUGCAGAUGCUGAACCACUAUUGGAUGCCGAAACACCAACAAAAUUAUUUCAAGAUUUGCAUGAAUUCGAAUACAAUAUUCAUGAUGUUGACUUAGAUAUUACAUAUACCAUUGAUGAAAUCAUACGGCUAAGAAUCGAAAACGAUUCCCAACACAAUUCCGACAAUGACGAACAUCUGAAUGAAUUUAGUGAAUAUUCGUUAACACCCGAGCCAAUGCUCCAGACAAUUAUAGAACUUAGUGAAUCGGAAACACCAAAACCUCCAGACCUAUUACACUCAAUUGAUGAUGAUUUCCUAGCCAAUUUGGAGAAAAUCAGCGACACUACCAGUACAAGUUGGACAACAGGCUCCAAAGAAGACAAUUCUUUCAUUUCAGAUGAAUUUCUAGAUGAAAAACACAAUGGUGAAUAUUUAAAGGCAACGCCAACAAAUUUGAACAGCGGACAUGAAACACAGGGGGGAAUUUACGAAUUUGCCAUAGAUGAAAUGGUUAGCAAGGAAAUUCAAUCACAAAAUGAACAGAUACAAGACUAUGAACACAUCAUUGAACAAGCUCCUACUCCACCAAACAAUGAUCCAUUUUACGAAGACUUGAAGGAAACUGCUGCUAAGAGUAUUCAGCGAGCUUAUCGUCAAUAUAAGCAAAAAAGAAUUUUAAAAGCUGUCGAAAGUAUUGAUACUUCUGAAAAUUCAGUUGAAACCCCAGACAAGAAAUACCAUCAAUUCCACAAUAUUGAUAACGAUGCUAAUUCAACAUCUCAUGACGAAGUAAAUAAUACCAAAUGUAAUGAAUUGAAAGACCAGGCUAGUAUAGAAAAUAAUAUUUUAAAAAAAGAAGCAUUUGUAACUGCAUCAAUUAAUCGUGUUAUUUCACAAGAAAAGCCUACAGAAAUUGAAAAUUAUAAAGAAACUGGUGAAAAAAAAAUUAAACAAUUGGUUGAAAAUUCCGAUGAUUGUGGUAAUGAAAGUGAAUCGAUCUCAAAAGAACAUAGAAAUAAUCGUUCUUCGAUCGGUAGUGAUAGAAAUGAAUAUAUUAAUAAAACUAAAUCAUCUAGCAACAAUAUUAAUAGUGAAUCCAAACAAGAAUCAAUUGUACAAGAACACCUUAAUGUCAUUAUACUGCAAACAGAUUUAAAUAGUACUGAGGAUGAUAUCGAUUGUUCUGAAAAUAAAACACACGAUCUGUCAAAAACUGUUGAUGAAACGGACUCAGGCACAACGAUGAGCAAUAGCAAUUCAGAAAAACAGAAAUUUGAAACCAUUAACAUUUUGCCAGCCAAUUGUGAUAUAAACGAUCCUAUAGAAAAGAUCAAGGACAGCAUAAGUAAUAUUACAGAUGCGAAUAUCAAAGUUAAUAACAAAAAUUCUAAUGACAGUGAAUCAAUUGAGACAAAUGUAUCUGAAAAUAUCAGAUACAUCAACAAUAUGAAUCAAAAUUCGAGCAAUAGUGAAACGAAUACAGAAAACCAGAACAACAAUAAAAGCAAUGAACUUCUAAAAUCCAGUAAUAGUUCCAAAAUUGAAAGUAUUAAUAACGAAAUUACCAAUCCUAAUUGCAAUAGUAUCACUAAUACAGUAACUAGCUUUGAUAUUAACAAUGUUAUGAAAGAAGAAUCUGGGGAAAUUAAUGAAACUAAGCAUGACCUUUCAAUUGGCCACUUUUAUUUUGAACCAACAGCUCCCGCCAAAGAAGAUAUUCAAUCUGUAGUGUCCCAGGAAAACAUUAAAACCAAUCAGAUUAUCCAAGACCAAGCAGCCAGAAAAAUACAAAGAGCUUUUAAACAUUUUAUUGAACAAAAAUCCAAAUUAAGUUCAGACUUGGAAACAAAGACAGAAUCAUCGAAAUCUAAUUGGUUUGUUGGUGAUGAACCAAUUAUAGCUAACGAUUCAUUGACAAAAACGACAUCAGAAAUUUCUUUUGAAGAGACCGAAGCUUAUGUUGAAUUAAACAAUCCAUCACAAUAUUUAGUUGGCUCAAGUAGUAAUUUGGAAACCAUUGAUGCAAACAACUUUAGUAGAAGCCCAACAGCACCUGUAUCUAAUCGUAGUAGAAAUAGUGUAGACUUGGCAAAUAAUCCAUCAACUAAUAUCUCUAAAGAUACAGUUUCAGUAAUAGGAACUGGAACAGGCAUAAUUGAAAAUGCAAAUACUGAACAUACUAAACAAGAAGCAAAUACUUUAAUGAAUGAGAUUACGUCUAACGAAAAGCAAUUGGCCUAUAAAAACGAAAAGGCAUUCAAGUACACAAGUAUUAUUGAUCAAUUUAUAAACGUUGAACGUCACUACUCUGAUGUAGUAAAUCAUCACAACAAAGAAAUUAAAUUUACAUCUCCAGAUAUUGCAGAAAUUACAAAAAUCCUUUCGGACUUUACCGAUUCUCAAAAGGCGCAAUGUGAUUCGGAAAUUCCCUAUGAACGACUAGAAGAACCCUGCAUUAAAAAGUCAGCAUCAAGACCGCACAAUACAUCGGACAGCAUUAGAGAUGCCAAAGUCCUUACUGAGGCAGCUGUAAACACGGAUACCUCUUCUUCAUCGGAUAUUGAUGAUACUGAAGAUAGUUUAAGUACAAAAACUGUUAAAUUACAUAAAACCGAAAUGGCCAUUACAAAAAUGCAACAACGUCGAGAUUCUACAACGAAAGUAUCAAACUUAGACAAACCUAAAGACUACAACUUUGAAGAACCAUUAGUUGCACCUAUGGAUAAUUUAGACACAGAUGAAGAAGGAAUCGUGAUCAAUAAGUUAAACCGAGAAGAAACUCGCGAAAGCUCAGGCCAAAGUGACGUUGAAGUUAUUAUUGGUGGUGAUAAAGAUGACAACUUUUACUUUCUAGAUAACAUUGACAUCGAUGAAACGUUUCCAUCUAAAGGUUCACUUAAGCGGGUUCAUACAAUAGCAGGCGAUGGUGAUGCAAAAUCUCUUUUGAAAAAUGUCACAAUUGAUGAGUCCAUCAAAUACAUAGAACCACCCGAUUACGAACUCAAUAGUGGCAGUUUAUGUUUGGACGAUGAUACUGCAGAAAAUAUUCGUCGUAAAAUGAUGGCCUACUCUUUGUCGGAGGCAGAUUCGGAUUGUUUUGACAAAGCCGCAGCAAAUUCUGAUGGCACUAACUCUGAAUCAAAAACUCAAAAAUAUGACGACUUUAAUGUGAGCACUGCUCUAGUCGAGAAUGGUGACAGUUCUACCGAAACUGAAUCCACCAUAGUAUCGGCAGUUACCAAAAUUCAAGCUGGUGCUAGAGGUUAUCUAACGCGAAAACGAUUGGGAAAAACUAGCAUCGCCAGUGAUGGCAAAUCAAUACCUCAUGAUGACAUAAAUAAGGUGUCGUUUGGAAAUGCAGCAAUAAAUGAAUCUUUGGAACAUUUGGUGCAAGAGGCAGCAGCUAAAAGAAUUCAAAAUGUCUAUAGACAACAUUAUAGAAAAAGGCUAGCUGAAGCUAAUCGAAAAGAUGACGAAAAUCUCUCACCAGAAUUUGCCACCAGCAUGGAAAACACUUUGGCCCAAAAAAGAUCUAUUAUAUGA